GCAAAACAUGCGACCCCAACACUGGGGGUCGCGUGUCCUUUUCUUUGGCUCUAUACAACCUCUCCCCACCUCCAUUCUCCCUCACCCGUUGUUCAAUCUCAGUGCAGGGGUCGCAUGCCCCUUUAUGUGUUAUUGCUUCAUCUCACUUUAUUCUCCUUCACACCAUUGAUUACUCGAUGUCUCAUACUUCCUAGGUCACACAAAUUCCUUUCUUCACAUCCUUAUGUUCUCCAAACUUUUUUCACCCGAGUCACUAUAGUACGGCAUAUGCCGAUAGGCACGGUUACGUACUUUAAAAUGAAUACAUCCAUCCAUCCAUCAUCCAUCCAUCUCCAUAUCGGAUCUUCGAUGCCAUCGCUUUGAAAGCGAGUAGCCGAAUCGAUGGCAUGCAGGCUUUUGACUCGUUCGUGGCCUCAGUCUUUAUCACUUUGUACACUAAUUCUGCCACUAUACUACCGGGAAAGGGACUUGGGCAUGCACCCAUAAUCCGUAAUCAAAUUUUCUCCAGGCCCACAGUCCAGGGCCGCGACCAGUACUUAUACAUAAUUGGCUUCUCUUCAUCGCCGACUGUUCUCAUGUUCUUUUGGCCGUUUUAGUUCAAAGGACCCUGGAGGUUGAUGCAACUGCAAUCUCCUGGUCAGACUCCGAGUCCGUUGGGGCAACCGUUCACUGCAAUUCCGAACCCAACUUUCCUGAAUCUUGCAAUUGGGAAUCUGAA